UCUGAUCUCCAUGCCUACAGGGGCCUGGAGCCUUUCCGUGCACCGUAGGUCCCUAAAACUGUUGAGGGAGACCAGUCUCACAUGCAUAUGGGUCAUGAGGCUCUUAUUCAGACGAGCCGGACUCUAUCAUGAUCUGUAUCUGAAGAUCGGGGAUCAUGUUGUCUCACCCUCUACGGUCUCCUGUGCUCAGUAUUCGGUUGUAUCGUAUGGGCCGCAUGUUUGCUUUUCUUGUAGACCCUGCCGGUCUAGAUUUACGUCGAGAUGCUUGGAGUCUAGGCUCUAGCUCUUCGGCUCACCCUUGCAGCCAGGAGCGCAAGCACAGUAUUUUCGUGUCCCUAGAGCUGGGGGGGCUCUUAUGCAUAUAAUUCCAGACGCCCCCCUCCUGCUUUUGAGCGAUAACCUUCCUAUUGGGUAUUUCGCGGUCCAGCCCCCUGGAUUGGAUGUAUCCAAAAGACCGCUUGACCCAGAGCAAACUUUAGCCAUCGCUGCCAUCGAAUUAGGGCCCGUAGGCGUC